UCCGCGCUCCGUGUGGAGCGCACUCAGUGUACGACAGUAUAUUAUCCACAGAUCAUAUCCAGAGGACAAGUUAGAGAUGCUAUAAAAAUGUGUUCUGGUGAGAGGGGAAGGAGCUGUUCGAAGUAAACUGAUCUCGAUUAGGUAUAGUUUAGUCUACCCAUACAGUGCCUACUCUCCGCGCGAAGACAGGGGCGACAUCAGACAUCGCGCUCCGAGUGGACUUCUUUUAAAACUGAUUUCAAAUGAACUACACAAAAGGACCGGACAAUAUCUAGUCACAGUACACAAAAACUCCAGAGGAUUUUACUGUUGGGGAUCGUAAGACAGCUACAUAUCUCAUAGGAUAUCCCAAGUUGUAAAGGAGGAUGGGGUGUGUGUGGCUGGUGACGGUAUAUGUGGUGUGUGUGUGCCUUUGGGGUCAGAGCAAGUCAGACAGGACCAAUCAGGCCUCUCCCAUCCAUCUGCAGGUUGGCAAUGGAGCCUCGGAACUGUGUAUGAUAGAUGUGAUUCUGUGCCAGGAUGAGAAUGCGUUGCUGAGUUUCGAGGCGAUCCGUAGCAUCCACAAACUGAUGGAUGAUGAUGCGGAUGGAACCGUGGACAUGAGCGAGACAGACGGGUUCCUGAGGGAGGAUCUGAAGUACCAUGACCCCAAAGGGAAACACAACAGUUUCCAUGGAGCAGACCUGCUCAUCAGUGUAGAGGACAUGUGGAACGUAUGGAGGGCCUCGGACGUGUACAACUGGACAGUGGAGAAGGUGGAGGACUGGCUCAUACAAUAUGUGGAGCUCCCUCCGUAUGUGGACAUCUUCAAGAAGCACAAUCUGGACGGAAGAGCCUUACCCAGGUUGGCAGUAAAGAACACCACUCUCACUCUGUCCAUUCUGAAGAUUAUUGACCGGAGUCACGCCCAGAAACUACAGCUGAAAGCAAUGGACACCGUGCUGUUCGGACCACCACUCAUGAGCAGACACAGCUACCUGAAGGACCUGAUGUUAGUGGUCUCCAUAGUGAUGGCGCUGGGUGGCUGCUGGUUUGCUUACAUCCAGAACCGUAGCUCCAAAGACCACCUGGGCAAGAUGAUGAGGGACCUGGAGGGCCUACAGAGAGCAGAGCAGAGCCUGCACGACCUGCAAGAGAAGUUGCAGAUCGCCCAGGAGGAGCAUCGUAGUGUGGAGGUUGAGAAGGUAACGUUGGAGCAACGUCUGAGGGACGAGAUCAACGAAGCCAAGCAAGAGGCCCAGAGACUCGGUAAGCUACGGGAGGGAACAGAGAACGAGUGGAGCAGGCAGAAAUACGCCGAGGAAGAGCUGGAUCAGGUGCGUAUGGCCCUGAAGAAGGCAGAGCGGGAGCUGGAGUCUCGAGCCUGUUGGUCUCCCCCUGAAGCCCUUAAGACCUGGCUGCAGCUGACCCACGAGAUAGAGGUCCAGUACUACAACAUCAAGAAACAGAGCGCUGAGAAACAACUACUUCAGGCCAAAGAGGGGGCUGACAAGAUCAAGAAGAAGAGGAGCACCCUAUUUGGGACGUUCCAUGUGGCUCAUAGCUCCUCCCUGGACGACGUUGAUCACAAGAUCCUGACUGCCAAGCAGGCUCUCGGUGAGGUGACGGCUGCUCUGAGGGAGAAGCUUCACCGCUGGCAGCAGUUGGAGUCUCUUACAGGCUUACCAUUGGUCAAUAACCCCGGUCUGCCCGCCCUGGCCGCUGCCCUCAACCUAGACCCCGCCUUCCUGGGCCUGCACCCGUCCACCCCGCAGCACCUAAUCCUAUCAGACGAUUUAGACGACAUGGACGAGAAUAUGCUGUCCCCAGGGACGCUGCGGUACGCGGCCUGGCAGAUGGACCGGCGAGUGAGUGACCUCUGGCCAAUGAGCGGCAUCUCCGACAGCCAAUCCCCAUGGAAGUAUUCUGCUCCCAACCUGAUGCCCCUGCGACAGCGCCCGGGAGACCCCUCACUGGCCCUGGGCUUUCAGAGGGAUCUGAACCGGUCUGACUCAGACUCCUCCCUCUUCCUGUCCCAGAGCGAAUCACAGCGCACCUACAUAUCUAAGCCCCUCCCACCAAAGCCCCUCCCCCAGCAGGGCAGGGCUCCCAUUGACAGCCCCUUGAUGAUGUCAUACGGCCUGGAGAAGAGCUCCAGUCUCGGGGAGCUCCGCGGCGGAGGAAGUCCCACCCUCGCCCCUGCUUACUCCACACACUCCCUAUGCCCCGCCUCCUUUGACCCUGAUGCGCGGUCGGGGAAGGGGGACAGCCGUAUCCUCCACAUGCAGGCCAAGAAGAGCCCCCUGGAAGAGGACAGCUGUUUCACGGGCGAAGAGAUCGACUCGGGCAACGGGCGAAAGAAACACACCUUCAAGAUCUUCAAGAGGAGGAAGUAGGCGUAGUAAAAUCACAGGGAGGCACCAGAGAGGAAGAGCUACAUUCCCGUUGUUCACACUAUAGGCUAGCAUACCACUUAGAAUAAACCAGUGUAUUGGGCAUGCAUUCGAAGGGGUCUACAACUAGUAUGGAUAUUAGAACAUGGCCGUGUACUAAGAAUAAAUAAGUGACAUGGUCUAAAGACAUAUAAAUAAAUGACAGGAAUUUAAGAAAAAUAAAUAAUUUACAUGGACUAAAAACAAAAAAAGAAGUUACAUAGACUAAAGAAAAAGAAAUGUUGAAGAAAUGUUUUAAGCUUUAAAUGCGAAUGCAGCAAUAAUUAAAGAUAUUAUUUAUAAAGUUGUUUGUGACCAUACAGGCCAGCAAGGUUUUAUUUGAUAUUAUUUUUGUAAUUUCUAAUUUUAAGAGUACUUAAGUGUUUGUUUUUUUAGUUUAUGUUUUGAAAGGGGUUUGGUACUAGGUACUUUACUUUUCCGGAGGCUGUGGGUACAGAUAGAUCACAUAUGUUCAAUAUUUAUAUAUUUGAAUGGAGUUGAUACCAGUCAAAAGUGUGGACACACCUACUCAUUCAAGGGUUUUUCUUUAUUUUUACUGUUUUCUACAUUGUAGAAUAAUAGUGAAGAAACCUAUGAAGUAACGCCAAAAAAGUGUUAAACAAUUCUAAAUAUAUUUUAUAUUUGAGAUUCUUCUAAGAAGCCACCCUUUGCCUUGACAGCUUUGCACACUCUUGGCAUUCUCUCAACCAGCUUCAUGAGGAAUGCCUUUCAAUUAACAGGUGUGCCUUGUUAAAAGUUAAUUUGUGGAAUUUCUUUCCUUCUUCAUUUGUUUGAGCCUAUCAGUUUUGUUGUGACAAGGUAGGGGUGGUAUACAGAAGAUAGCUCUAUCUGGUAAAAUAGCAAGUCCAUAUUAUGGCAAGAACAGCUCAAAUAAGCAAAGAGAAACGACAGUCAUAACUUUAAAACAUGAAGGUCAGUCAAUCCGGAAAAUGUCAAGAACUUUGAAAGUUUCCUCAAGUACAGUUGCAAAAACCAUCAAGCGCUAUGAUGAAACUGGCUCUCAUGAGGACCACCACAGGAAAGGAAGACCCAGAGUUACCUCUGCUGCAGAGCAUAAGUUUAUUUUAGUUAAAUGCACCUCAGAUUGCAGCCCAAAUAAAUGCUUCACAGAGUUCAAGUAACAGACACAUCUCAACAUCAACUGUUCAGAGAAGACUGCGUGAAUCAGGCCUUCAUGGUCGAUUUGCUGCAAAGAAACCGCUACUAAAGGACACAAAUAAGAAGAAGAGACUUGCUUGGGCCAAGAAACACAAGCAAUGGACAUUAGACCGGUGUAAAUCUGUCCUUUGGUCUGAUGAUUUUUGGUUCCAACCGCCAUGUCUUUGUGAGACGCAGAGAAGGUGAACGGAUGAUCUCUGCAUGUGUGGUUCCCACCUUGAAACAUGGAGGAGGAGUUGUG